AUGGCAACUGAAACAAUAUCGAUGCUGCGGCACAAGAGCCAUGUCGUAGUGGACGGGCCGGACAGAGCACCCGCCCGCUCGAUGCUCCGCGCCGUGGGGCUGCAGGACGACGACUUCAAGAAGCCUUUCGUGGCAGUCGCAAAUCUUGCGAGCGAUGUUACACCCUGCAAUGUGCAUCUUGAUCGCAUCGCGCAGAAGGUGAAGCAAGGACUGCGGGACGCUAACAGCGUGCCCUUCAUGUUCGGCACCAUCACCAUCAGCGACGGCAUAUCGAUGGGCACCGAGGGCAUGAAGGCUUCGCUCGUAAGCCGCGAGGUCAUCGCCGAUUCCAUCGAGACCGUUACCUUCGGCGAGGGCAUGGAUGGCCUCAUCGUAGUUGCCGCCUGCGACAAGAAUAUGCCCGGCGCUAUGAUGGCGAUGGCGCGGCUGGAUGUGCCGUCGCUGUUCGUUUACGGCGGCUCAAUCCUGCCCGGCAAUUAUAUGGGGCAGGACAUCAACAUACAGGAUAUGUACGAAGCAUGCGGCGCGUUCUCCACGGGCGAGAUGUCGCUCGAUGAACUCAUCGCAAUGGAGCGCGUAGCCUGCCCCGGCGAGGGGGCGUGCGCCGGCAUGUUCACGGCGAACACGAUGUCCUCCGCUAUCGAGGCGAUGGGCAUGUCCAUACCCGGAGCGGCUUCCAUACCUGCCAUUGACCUGCGGAACGAGGAUGUGGCGCAUUCGUCCGGCGCGCUGUUGUACAGCCUGCUCGAAAGAGGCAUCACGCCGCGCCGGAUAAUGACGCGCGAGGCGUUCGAGAACGCCAUAACCGUGGUGAUGGCGAUGGGCGGUUCUACCAACGCCGUGCUGCACCUGCUCGCCAUCGCUCACGAGGCGCAGGUGGAGUUGAACAUAGACGACUUCGAUGAGAUAAGCAGGCGUACCCCGUACAUAACAGACCUGCGUCCGAGUGGUCGCUUCGUGAUGUCCGACAUGGACAAGUCGGGCGGCGUGCCGGUCGUGAUGAAGCAGCUGCUAGACGCGGGACUGCUGCACGGCGACGCCCUGACCGUCACAGGCAAGACCAUCGCAGAGAACCUCGACGACCUCGACAUCCCCGAGCCAGACAGCCGCGUCAUACAUCCCAUAUCGUCGCCGCGCAGUCCGACCGGCGGACUCGUAAUCCUGAAGGGCAACCUUGCCCCCGAAGGUGCGGUCAUCAAAGUAUCAGGCACAAAACACACGGCGCACGAGGGCCCUGCGCGCGUCUUCAACGGUGAACGCCCCGCUUUCGACGCCAUUGUCAACGGAGAAAUCAAGGAUGGCGAUGUGGUCGUGGUGCGCUACGAGGGACCCAAGGGCGGACCCGGCAUGCAGGAGAUGCUCGCGGUGACCGGCGCGAUAAUGGGCGCGGGUCUUGGCGACUCGACAAUGCUCCUGACGGACGGGCGCUUCUCCGGCGCAUCGCGCGGCCCGUGCAUCGGACAUGUGGCUCCGGAGGCGGCUGUUGGCGGACCCAUCGCCCUGCUUCAAGACGGCGACAUCGUGUCCUUCAAUGCGGAGACCCGAGACCUCAGUGUGCAACUCUCAGAAGACGAACUUGCGCAGCGCAGCGCAGAGUGGACGGCGCCGCCGCCGAACUACGACCGGGGCGUUCUCGCCAAGUACGCGAAGCUGGUGUCGUCCGCAUCGGUUGGCGCGGUAACGACUUAG